AUGAGCAGUAUCCAGAGCCUGCCACAAAGUCCGAUGCUUGAUUUAGUAGUAAGUUACGAUGUUGACGGAAAUGAGUAUGUCGUAUCGAUGGGUUUUAAUCUAGGGCAUAACUUGGGGAAUUUCUGA